AUGGUAAUCUUAUGCGGUGCUGAGGGCAAUGAAUUCUUGUUCUCCAAUGAGGGCAAGGUAGUCCAAGUUUGGUUUCCAAGUGCCAUUAGCAAAGUAUUUCCUAAACCAAAGGAUGAGUCUAUGCAUGAGUCGGCGAUAAAAGUACGCAAAAUUCUUGUUCCGUUUCUCAAAGCAGAUGCUCUUCACAAGUACAUUGCUAUUAUGGACUCAGUAAUUAAGCAGCAUUUAGAAACAUACUGGAAUGGGAAAGAAGUAGUAAAGGUUUCGGAUGUUGCCCCAAGGUACACAAUCGCAAUGGCGUGCCGAUUGCUUUUAAGCAUUGAGGAUCCCAAAAAGUUUGAAAAACUCGGGAAGCAGAUUGGGGAUGUGGUGGAAGGGACCAUGUCACUGCCUAUUACUUUUCUAGGGACAGCUUUCCACUCUUCCAUAAAAGCAUCUCAGGCAGUGAGGAAAGAGCUUACAGGAGUAAUCACGCAGAGGAAAAUAGAUCUUUCAGAGAAAAGAGUGUCUCCAACACAGGAUGUAUUGUCCCAAAUGCUCAUGGCCAGUGAUGAGAAUGAGAUUCCUCAUGUUUACAAUGAGGUGCUUAGAGAGCAACUUGAGAUAGCAAUAUCAAAAGAAGCGAAAGUGUUGCUUAAUUGGGAGGACAUAAGUAAGAUGAGGUACUCAUGGAAUGUUGCAAACGAAGUGCUUAGGCGGAGACCACCAUCUUUUGGUACAUUCAGAAAGGCUAUUAUCGAGUUCACCUACUCAGGGUACAAGAUUCCGAAGGGAUUGAAAUUACCCUGGAUGUGCUAG